GAAAGUGAAAGCCACGGGGCCCGUUCGACGGCGGUUGUAAGAUUAAACCAUCUGAAGGUGAUACAAUCAUGAGCAGCAGAAUGAUUCCUUAUUUUACUAUUGUUACUGGAAAUACUCUAGAAGCCGAUAAGACCAUCAAGAAAAUUCUGCAAAAGAAAACAGUGAGAUUGAAGGAGGUGUUCACAGAGGAGGAGUCUGAUUUUGUAUUGGUCUUCUGCAUGGUUACUUCAGUUGCUAAAUGUGAUAUUAUAACAGCACUGCAAAAGCUUCAUGAAAUUCCAGACAUCACGCCUGUUGUUCUGGUGAUGCUCCAUCACACAUUUGAUCCACUGAGCGUUGUACCAGACAGCAGUGAAUGGGUAACCAGAGAGAACACACUCACAGUGGACAUUCUUUUCCAUGAGGACAAGGGAUUAUUAAGAUGUCCCAAGAAUGACAAAGCAUUAUUCAACAUUACAGAGUGGCUGAAGUUAAAGGACAAAGUAAGUCCAGAAGAAGAAAUAAAAAGACUUAAACAAGAAUUAAUAAGACUUAAAAAAGAGUUAGUGAAGAAGGACAAACAGCUUGAAGAAAAAGAUGUGUUUUUAGUUUACAUUAACAAGCUGCAGGAUUUGGGUACUAAGCUUGAAAAAAUAACAGCUUUACAAGAGGAACAUAAUGCAAGACAUGCAAAGGAUGAAAAGGUGCUUGAGGAGAUUGUACAAGAAUUAAAAGACAGCGCUGAGUGUAUGUCAAACCUGCAGAGUGGAGGCACUGUAGUGAAAAAGGACAUAUUAACACAGACAUCAGUUAAAGAAAAUAUCAAAGAUCCUGUGAGAAGAGCACGCAGUAUGGAAGAAUUACCUCCACAUAUAACAGGAGAAUUCUCCAGUUCAGAACCUCCAGUUCCUGCAUCAGAGCUCAGGCUGGUGCUGCUGGGGAGGACUGGAUGUGGGAAGAGAGCAGCAGGAAACACCAUCCUGGGCAGAGAGGAGAGGAGCCAGCCUGGAGUGUCUACAGUGGGGCAGCAGAGUGAGAGCAGACACGGGGAGGUGGCUGGGAGGCAGGUGACUGUGGUGGACACUCCUGACUGGUUCAGUCCUGGAAUCUCUAUGGAGGAGCUGAGACAGGACGUGGGAAUCUGUGUCCGUCUGUCUGCCCCAGGACCCCACGCCUUCCUCCUAGUCAUACCACUGAAGCAGUCUACAGGAAAGGAGAAAGGCAUGCUGGAGAAAAUGGAGGAGAUUUUUGGAGACAGAUGUUGGAGGAACACCAUGAUCCUUUUCACUGUUACUGAUGAAGUCCAAGAGAAGAGCAUUGAAGAGUUUAUCCAGUCAGGAAACCAGGAGGUCCAGAGACUUGUAGAGAAAUGUGGGAACAGGUUUCACUGUCUCAGCAUUAAGGAGAGUGGAGAUGGUUCUCAAACCUCAGAGCUGCUGGAGAAGAUAGAGAAGAUGGUGGAAGGGAACAGAGAGGAAUUCUACAGCAGUGAGAUCUAUCUGGAGACCGAAUCUCAGAUCAGAGCAAUGGAGACAAAGAUCAUGAAAGAAAGAGAAGAAAAGAGGUUGAUGGAAGAAAAAGAAGUUAAGGAAAAAUUAGAAAAUGAGGUGCAGAAAUCUCUGAGAAGGAUAGAGGGAGUAGUACAAGUGCAUGAAGGAGAGAUAAAACAAUUGCAUGACCGAACAACAGAGCUAGAGAGAAGGUUGAAAGAAGAGAGGGAUGAAGAGAAAAGGAGAGAACUAGAAGGAGAGCUACAAAGAGAGUUAGGGCGAAGAACAGAAAUGGAGGAAAAGGUGAAGAGACUAAAAGAAAAGAGAGAGAAGGAGAGAAGAGAGACGGAGGAGAGACACAGACAGGAGAUGGAGGAGAUCAGGGAGACGUAUGAAGGAGAAGCCAGAAUGGAGGCAGAGAGGAACCUCAUGAAGAUCAUCCUGCCUGAACUCCAGAGAAACAUUUUGGCCUCAAAAUCAAAGAUGCAGGAAGAGCUCAGCAGACAGAUGGAGGAGAAAGAUGAAGAGAUAGAGUUACUAAAGCAGAGGCUGUCAGAAGUUGAUUCUCAGCUGAAAGAAGCCCAACAGAGAGCUCUUCAAAGCAAUUCAGAGAGUGACGAUACAGCAAAAGAUAGACCAAGAACGAUGUUAGAAUGGUUUUUUCAAUGGUUUUUAAGGAGAUAAAUAGUAAAGAUAAUUAUGUGAUAAAUAGUAAAGAUGCACUAAAUAGAUAUCUCUCUUUUAUUGUUGAUUUUGACAGUGAUGUACUAAAUACUGUAAACUCCCAGAGGUUUUCCCAAAGGUUCCCAAAGGCCUUGUUGAACCCCUUACUGGAAAAGAAAACAUGGAUCCUACUGUACUUAGUCAGUUCAGUCCUUUUUAAACUUUCCAUUUUCAGGUAAACUUGUUUAAAAACAAAUAAAUAUAUGCUUGGUAUCUAACAACCUACUAGAAAAAUUCCACUCAGUUUUGGAUCCAACCAUAGUACAAAGAUGACAUCGGUCCUUGUUGUAAACAAUCUGAGACUUAAGAUCUUAAGGUCCUACAGGAUCUUAGUGCAGCAUUUGCCAUGGUUGUUCAUGAAAUUCUGAUUCAACUUAAAAGUAGGUAAAUAUCUCAGAUAUAGGGUUAGAAUGAUUGAAAUCAUAUUUUAUAGUUAGUUUUGUUGCAUUGCGAAACAUUUUUUAAAAAUUGUAAUGUUUCCUCUGGAGACCCACAAGGUUCCAUUUUAGGGCUGCUGCUUUUCUCAUUUUACGUGAUACCUGUAGAAAAAGUGAAACAUGAGGUAAAUAUUCAUAGUUAUGAUAUUUAAUUAUAAUAACAUUCCAUCCCUCUGAAAGUCAGGACUCUGUUGACAGCCUAAUUAAUUGUAUCAUUGUAUUUUACCACAAAAAAACUGAACUGUUCUAUCUGGCCAUCGUCCUACUCAUACCCUGUAUCUCCAUUAAAAACAUAUCCUCAAUAAUUUAGCUGCUGAAAGCAAACUCUCAGCCUCUUCAGUUGCAUGUUUGAUGGAGUAAGCUUAGAAACUAUAGGCUAACUUUGAGCACAUUUCACAUAUUGACAUAAUUGGGAGAAAUCAUCAUUUGAAAAUCUACAUUUUCAUGGUUACAUUUUUAGAAGGUGCACUUCUCAGAGGAAAAUUAUCUUGAUAUCAUGUUUUCUUUUUCAUUUUAGGAGAAAUAAAGCUUAUCAAUAUCCAGUAUACUAAAAGAUUCUAGAUAUAUAGAAGACAGCUAUAUACAAAAAUGUCAUUGUAGCUCAGAGACGAGAUGUAAUACGUAAACUGCAAUGAGCAAAACAAAUCCUAUUACAGUAAACCUGUAAGCAAACAAGUUUCAGCUCCUGAAUGAGGAUGUUCUCCAUGCUACAUUUUUGGUUUUACCAAAUGGAAAGUAUAUAUAUAUGAAUUGUUCAUGAUACGUGAUAUGUCACCAUAUUUAUCUUUUCAGACAUCUGGAACAGAGAAGCCAGUAGUGCUAUAAUUUUAAAAAAUACUAUCAAAAACUGUAGAUACAGUAAUUUUUAUUCAAUAUUUGGCCUACUGUGUUAAACAGUUAAGCUGUAAGACUAAUUUUGCUCUCUUUUGAAUGAAAGAUGCUGUAAGAAAGACUCUGGCAUUGAAGCCUAGCCUCGCCCCCCUUUUCGCGUGCAGUUUAGUUUUAGUUUUAUAUGGAGCAUAGAGCACUUGUUCAGCUCUGCUGCUUCAGGCAAGUUAUCACUUCAGGUUGGCUGGAUCACAGCCUCAAGAUGAUAGCAUGUGAGGAGUUGUGUGCAUGCAUUCCAACCAAGUAAGUGUUGUUAAGUGUCGAGAUAGUUAGUUAGUAGGUAGUUUUCAGACUUUGUAUGUUGUAGUGUUGAUGUGCAACUAGUGUUGGAUGCUAAGCGGAAAACUAGCAUUAUAGGCUUAUUGUAUAAGAGAUCUGCAAGUCAUGCUAAUUCAGCUAUGUUUAAGUAAUUGAAGUAAUGCUAAGAAGAUUUAUUAUUUUGUUAGUUUAAUUCAGUAUGUUGAUUAGCCUUAUUCUGUUUACAGACCACACACAACUGAGGCUCUUGCACAUGUAAUUCAAGUGUACGUUUAAUAAAGAAACUAAAGGAGAAGGAGA